CAAUAUAACUUCCGGCAAGCCCAACAAUGUCCGAUUCCGGUGACUAUGACCGUCGUCAACCCCGUCUCCUCCGCCGUCACAGGUUUAUGCAUUCCAUAUUAGGCCAUGGCAAAGUGGCAGACAUGAUGUUGUGGAAGAACAAGACAGCAUCGGCGGCAACGUUGGUUGGAUUGAGUGCGGUUUGGUUGGUGUUUGAGGGUUUGGAGUAUCCUUUUGUUACUCUUCUUUGUCACCUCCUCAUCAUCCUCAUGCUUCUUCUUCUCGUCUGGAACAAGUUGGCACUUUUGGCCAACUGGGCUCCCCCCAAUGUCCAUGAUUUUCAAAUCUCUGAGUCCACUUUCAGACACUUGUUUGAUUCAUUCAACUGGUUGCUGUUCAACUUCUUUGAAGUCUCAAGUGGGCAUGAUUUUAAGCUCUUUGCAAUGGUAAUGGGGGGCCUUUGGUUGAUAUCAGCUAUUGGGGAGCUGGCCAAUACAUUAAAUCUCAUCUACAUUGUGUUUGUGAGCUUACAAACGGUGCCGUUUCUGUACGACAAGUACGAGGAGGAGGCGAACCAGCUGUGCGUCCAGCUCAAAUCUUACUUCCACUCUUUCUUCCACGCCCUUGACUCCAAUGUCCUCAGCAAAAUCCCAAGGAAAAAUAAAAACAAAUAAUAAUAUAAUUACUCAAAAUUACUAUAUUUAAUUAAUUAUUUCAUUCCUUCGUAAAAAAAAUUACAUGUAAAUGGGAGA